AAAACACACACACACACAUGCACACACACAAACAGAGAGUCUUUUGGUCUGAAUCUGAUACCUUAAUACACAAAAAAUAAUGGAGUCUCUAAAACUAUUCAUCUCUCUCUUUCUCUUCUCAUUCUCAUAUUUCUUCUUAGGUGCCGAAUCGGAUCAUCUUCAGCAUAAUAAGCGUUUGAGACCGAAUAGGUUGUUCGUGUUCGGGGAUUCCUAUACAGACACCGGAAACAUAAGGAAAUCUCUCUCCGAUUCCUGGAAAAUUCCUUACGGCGUCAGUUUUCCCGGAAAACCCUCCGGUCGUUUCUCCGAUGGCCGCGUCGCCACCGAUUUUCUAGCAAGGUACUUGGGGAUAAAAUCACCGAUACCGUACACGUGGAAGAAUUACGCGGGAAAGGAACGGCUGUUGUAUGGUAUGAAUUAUGCGUACGGAGGGACAGGAGUGUUUAAGACUUUCAAUAAUCCAUUGCCAAACAUGACUACUCAGAUUGAUUAUUUCCAAAAAGUCCUCGCUGUCGGAAACAUCUACUCUCCCUCCGACCUCCCCUCCUCCCUUGCUCUCGUCAGCGUCGCCGGCAACGACUACGCCACUUUCAUGCAACAAAAACGCCCCAUGACCGAGUUCUUGGGAUUCAUCAAGCAAGUGGUUGAUCAAACAGAGGUAAACUUGAGACGCAUCCACAAGUUGGGAGUGAAGAAGAUAGCAAUAGCUUCACUGCAGCCACUCGGAUGCCUCCCUAGCAGCACCGCCUUUACUUCAUUCCAACGUUGCAACGCAUCAGAUAACGCGUUGGUGAAACUUCACAAUACUUUGUUGCACCAAGCCGUGGCUAAGCUUAACAAUGAGACCAAGCCAUCCACUUUCGUCAUUCUUGAUCUCUACAAUGCCUUUUUAACUGUCCUCACGAAUAAAAGAGCGGAACCAGGGGUUACGAGGUUUGUGGACCCUUUGAAACCGUGUUGUGUCGGGGUUACAAGCAAUUACACGUGCUCAAACGUGGACAAGAAUGGCGUGAGGAAGUAUACAAUUUGUCAAGAUCCAAAGACUUCCUUCUUUUGGGACGUCUUUCAUCCGACCGAAGAAGGAUGGAGAUCCGUAUACUCGCUUUUACGCGAAAAUCUCAGAGACGUUUUGAUUUAAGAGUGAGACUUAGUGUUCGUCUUAUUGGUGUUUUCUAACACUUCAGUCAGUUGUGUUAGUAACAUUUGUCUCUGUUUGUGUUUGUAUUACAGAGAGUUUUGAGUCAAGCUCAAAGGUUCAAGUCUCAACAUGAGUUGGUCCAUGUUAUAAGGACCGUCAAUUCAUAAAAGCAAUAUUACAUCGCGAGUAUUUAUAUUGCUACACCAACGGUUUAUGUAAUUCAUAUCACCAACGAUUAU